AUGCUGAAGUCGAUCUGCACGAGCUCGCUGCUCUUGAGCGCGAGCUUCUUCGCCGCUUGUUCCGCGUCCCAAGACGCGCAAAUCCAUCUCACCGCUUCAACCAAGCACCACCAAAUUGAUCCAGCUAUUCUCGCCGCCUUGGAGAAGCAUCCAGAUCCCGUUGACGCGUUCGUUUCGCUUCAUCCCGAGGCUGCUGAACAGCUGGCUCAACCACGUCUCCUUCACGUGUUUGGAGAGCCAAGCGCCCAAUGGAUGACGGAGGGUGACAAACUGCGCCUAAAGCGCAAGGACAAGAAGUUUACCGAUAUUACUGACCAUGAAGAGUUUUACAAAGAGCAAGUCCAUGCGCUCGCUGGUGAAGCCCAUUUGCCCAAACUUUCGCAUCAGCGCCUUGUCAAGUCAUUGCUGCCCCGGGUAUCUACUGAGAAGAUGCACGAUGUUCUUGAACAUAUGACGGGCUAUUAUACGCGAUAUUUUGGUAGCGUCACUGGUGAGGAAAGCUCGCAAUGGCUUUAUAACCACAUUGCCGAGAUCAUCAAAAACGCACCAUUCCACACCCACAUUUCUCUCGAAUUCUUUACCCAUCCUUUCCCUCAAUCAUCCAUCAUUGCUCGCUUUGAGCCCAAAGUGCGAAACUUCUCACUGCCACUGACCAUUCUCGGCGCGCACCAAGACUCUAUGAAUUAUCUGUUCCCGCUGCUCCCCUCCCCAGGCGCCGAUGACGACUGCUCUGGCACGGUAAGCAUCCUCGAAGCUUUCCGCGUUCUGGCAGAGAGCGGGUUCAUUCCGGUUAAUGGACCUGUUGAAUUCCACUGGUACGCCGCCGAGGAGGGCGGGCUCUUGGGUAGCCAGGCCGUUGCGAGAUAUAAGAAAGAGUCUGGGGCUCGUAUUGGUGCCAUGAUGGAGUUUGACAUGACUGCAUUUAUUGCCCGAAACGCGACUGAGUCCAUCGGGUUCAUCGAGACUGAAGCAGACGCCCCAUUAACGACUUGGGCCGCCGACUUGGCUAAGGAGUAUAUUUCCAUCCCUGCCAACGUCUUUACGCUGCCUAGUGGUGCUGGUUCGGACUACAUGUCUUAUACGCAACUCGGGUAUCCUGCUGCUUUUGCGUCCGAGGGCAACCCUUCUGUCGGCGACUAUGAUCCUUAUAUCCAUACGGAAAAGGACACAAUGCACAUUGAUGACGACGCUGGAGUUUUCUCCCUUGAGCACAUGGCUCGGUUUUCUGAGCUUGCUAUUGCCUUCGUCAUUGAGCAGGCUGGCUGGGAUAAUAAGUGGAGGUAA